CCAGCCAGGCACCGACUCACGCACCCAGCCACGCGUCCAACCCACUCACGCACCCAGCCACGCGCCCAACCCAAUCACUCACCCAGCCACCCACGUACUCAUCCACCCACUCGCCCAAUUACGCAUCCGCCCAGCCAAACGCACACACGCAUCAAGUAGCUCGGUGGCUUGCUCACCCAGCCAGCCACCCGCUCAACCCAACCCACGAAGGCAUUUAUUAAUUCACUCGGCCACCCACUCGGCCACCCACUCGCCCAAUCAUUCACUCAGCCACUCAUUUAUCCAUGCACGCAUUCACGCACAUUCUUAUAAACGCAUCGAGUCACUCACUCCUACUACUAAUAUUUAACCCCACUCUUUCACCCAACCAUUCACCUACACACCUACUCGCGCACCGACUCGCUCAUCCACUCUCCUAGGCACCCAGUUGCACACUCAUCCAUUCACCCACCCAUUCGCUUUUUCAUUCAUCUCAUCUAUUCCCCCAGUGACUCACACAAACAUUAAUCGACUCGUAUCAAUCAAUGCACGCAUCCACUCGCUCUCUCACCCGCUCUACCACCCAUCGACUCUUACACGAACAGACGCGCGUACCCCAUCGCGCACUGCCCAGUCGUACUCACUGGUAUAUUCAUUCACCCAUCCACACAUUGAUAUACACACACACACACGUCUCACGAAUUGGAUAUUUCACGCACUAUCUCACUUGCCCUCUCACCCACUGACUCACGCACUCGCCUCUUCACAUUUUCACCCAUCCACUCGUACCCAUAUUCACCCAUCCACUCACUAAUUCACUCACCCACAAUAGCACGCCGCCGCAUGCACUGUCGCGAGCAUCCGUGUUGCCACCCACUGACCAUCUCACCCAUUCACCAACUCAUUCACCAUGUCAUUAACUGCCUCACCACCUCACAGCCGCACUUGAUAAACACCCACCCAACGUUUAACCGCUCACCAUCUCACUCACCCACUCGCUCACUCGAUUACCAUCUCACUCACCAAGGAGCUUGACCGCUCGCCAUCUCGCUCACACAGCAGCUCAUUAUCUCACCAUCUCACUCACACACUCCUUCGCCCGCUCAGUCAUUCGCUCACCAUCUCUCUCUCUCACGCGCAGGCUCUUUUUAAUAUGCUCACUAUCGCACUCGCAUUCACACACCCGCGCGUUUCAGAUCACGCAACACCACCACCACAGUGAUAAUGCGACAACAGCAUUAGCUGCCAUCAACCUAUUCAUCCAUCCAUCCAUUAUCUAGGUGUCGUGCUAAGAUGUCUUGCGUGAGCCUGCUCUGGGCAUGGGGCCUGUGUAUGGUGCUGGUCAGCCUGGCGCCCGCUGCGUGGCCUGGCCUCGGCACUCAAGCGCUCCAUCCGGACGCUCCCACCUCGCCUGGCCCUCGGCCGCCUGGCGCCCGCCCAUGCCUGGCGCCAGUCUGCCCACGGUGGAAAACGACGACGACGACGAUGAUGACACCGCCGAAGCGCUCGCCGGGGCUCGCCACGUUGGACUUCCCCGGCUGGAGCGUGAACGCCGCCGAGCAGCGCCCUGGCGGCGCAGUGGACGCCGGAGCCACGGGGCGUCUCCUCGGAUCCAAAGGUGCUGUGGCGGCGGCGGCGGUGGCAGAAAGCGGCGCCGCUAACCGGAUGGCGUUCCCCACCGGCCCAGUUCACAGCAACGCUGUGCACCGGUGGCCAGCAGCGCGAUGGACGGUGGCACCGGCGGUGGCGGCGGUGUUGUUACGUGGGUCGGGCAGCGAGAGUGUGAACGGGCGGCGGACGCGGUCGGUCGCUCUGCCGGUGUUGCCGCAGGCAUGGCGGGAUUCUCCGGGUGCCAUCAUUUCCAAAGUGCCAUCGACGGUGACAGCAACCGCAGCGGCGAUAGCGCCGCACCGGACGACAAUCGCACGGCGGUGGCCGGAGCAGCGGCAGCGGCGUCGUCGUCGCCGACUGACUCGGCGGGGGACCUCGGCCGACCGGUCCAAACCUCGGCCGCCCCGGAAGGCCCCGACGGAGGCCCCAGAAUACUUGGGAGCCGGCGGUGGCUGGAGGGGCGGCAUCGGCGAAGCCGAAACGACGACGUACAACGGCACGGUGGAGUGGGGCCCCACGGCUGCGGACGAGGACUUGUCUUCGCUCGAGGAAGCGGAGGAUUUGCUGAGCCCGGUCGGCGGGAUGGCGGCGGCGGCGGCGGCGUCUGCGCCGGCGGCGACGGCGACGACGACGACGGAGACCAGGGACAGACGUGGGGGCGACGAUGGCAGGAAGGUGAACGAGCACGGCGAGAGCGAGGAGGAGGCGGGGACGAGAGGAGACGGCGAUGGCGAUGGCAGACGGGGAGAAGAGACGACGUCACCGGUGCGGAUCCGCACGCCGGCGAACGUGGACUGGGGGCGGGGCAAGGACAUUGCCGUGGACCGGACGCCUGGCGGAGCGGCACGCUCCAGCGGUCUCACUGCGCGCCAGGUCACCACCAUCGUCAGCAUUUGCUCCAUCAGCUUCGUGGUCAUUGCUGCUGCUGUUGUCCUGCGAACCAGCUGGGUGCGCUCUCGCAACCGCCGCAACGUCCUGCAGCGAGACGGGGGCAGCGGCAUCGAGGAGACCUGCGCUACCGUCUCGCCGUUCCACGCUUGCAAGGCCGCGGCGUCGGCCGCGGCGGCGGCGUCGGCCGCGGCGGCGGCGGCGGCUUCGGCGGCUUCGGCGGCCGCCUCGUCGGUGACGGCGUCGGCGUCGUCGCGCGUCGGGACGUACGCCCCCUACGCCGAGCCACCCUCGCCGGAGCCGGCGCGUCCGCCCUCCUCCUGCUCGUCCGCGCCGGGCCAGCCACAGAUGCUGCAGCUCCUGGCCCAGCGUGCCCACCACCAGCUGCAGGGCCAGCCGCAACACCACCCCGCGGCGCAUCACCACCACCACCACCACCCGCUGUCCCACCACCAGGCGCACCACCACGCUGCGUCGCACCACCACCACCAGCAGCAGCAGCAGCACCAACAUCUGCACGUGCUUCAUCAAAAGCAGCAGCAGCAGCAGCAGCACGAGAUGAUGUUGCCGCCGUCCGUUUCGGCCGCGAUGCCGGCGGUGAUGCGCGGGGCGGCCCCGGCGGCAGCGGCAGCGGCGUCGGCGUCGGCGGCGGCGGCGGCAGCGGCGACGGCUCCGCAGUACGCGCCGUCCGUCUCCACGGUGACGGCGGUAAUCUGCGAGCGCCCGCGGGAGAGGCCGGCCGAGGGGCAGACGAUGCAGGCGCCACAGACGCUGGCGCAGAUCGUGCCGGCCGUCGCCACCGCCGCCGCAGCGUCGAUCGUCCCGGGCCUCCCGCUCGGGCCGCGCCUCUCGCUGUCAUCGCUGCCGGGCCUCGUGCCAGCCGGGAACGCCGCUCACGAUCCGAAAGUGCAGCAGCAGCAGCAGCAGCAUCAGCAUCUGUUGCAACAGCAGCAGCUGCAACAGCAGCAGCAGCAGCAGCUGCAGCAGCAACAGCAGCAACAGCAGCAGCAGCAGCUGCAGCAGCAGCAACAGCAGCAGCAACAGCCGCUGAUACCAACAAUCUACAAAGUUCCAUACGGCAGCAACAGGUAUGAAGAAUCAGACUGUACGGGAGCAACCUGGCGAUCUACCACUGUCUAACCAUGCCCUUUGACCUUCACCACACCAUAGAGGACUUUGUCCGAUUGGCACUUUUCCCUUCGUUAAAUGGUGAUAAUCACUUUUUGGAACUUUACCAAACACGCGCAAAAAUCCCACAACAACUAAUAAUAAUAACUUACAUCGUGUCGCUUCACUCUUACAGACCAAGAUUUUAAAAGCUGGAACACAAAAAAAAACACGGCGGCCGUUCUAUGAUUUGUCGCAUUUAGGGGCAAGGAGACGCAGGGACACGUGUCGUGAAUUAGCAAGAAAAAC